AUGCAAACGGCCCACCGUUUUGAACUAAAAACUCUUGCAAAAGCUACUAAUAUAUGAAAUAUUGUAGCUGUGUAAACUAAAGUGAGAGUUUGAAUAGAAAAUUGAGAGAAAGGGAGAGAGAGUUUUGGUGACUUGUUUUUUUCUUACGGCUGCCCCUAAAUUCUCGUCUAUAUGUCCGUCAUCUCUAUAUAACAUCCAACCCAUAACUCAUCAUGGCUUGACGAUUUCAUCAAAAUUGAACUCCCCCAGAUCUGAUUUUUCUCUUUUGGAAGACAUGUUUGGAUGAAUGACAUUUGUAGAUACGACAAGUAAAAUGUCUGCUCCUUCGUGGGAGCGUGCUCAGCGUCUUUAUGACAAGAAUACGGAGUUGGAGAAUAAGCGUCGACGAGCAAUACAAGCAAAAGUUCCCUCCGAUCCAAAUACAUGGCAACUUAUGCGGGAAAAUUAUGAAGCUAUAAUCCUCGAGGACCAUUCCUUUUCGGAAAAGCACAAUGUUGAAUAUGCUUUGUGGCAGUUACAUUACCGGAGAAUUGAGGAGUUUAGAGCACAUUUCAAUGCUGCUGCAGCAGCUUCUGCUGGAUCUGUCCCACCUCGGUCUGCAAAAGGUCCUAGGCCUGAUCGAAUCACUAAAAUACGUCUCCAGUUCAAGACUUUUCUUUCUGAAGCAACAGGAUUUUACCAUGACCUUAUUUUGAAGAUCAAAGCGAAACAUGGGCUCUCUCUUGGACAUUUUUCUGACGAUUUCGAAACUCGUAUUGUUUUUGAGAAAGAUGAGAAAAAAUCUAUUGAGAUGAAGAAGGGUCUGAUAGCUUGCCACCGAUGCUUAAUUUACCUGGGUGACCUUGCACGAUAUAAAGGUUUAUAUGGGGAGGGUGACUCCAAAAAUCGAGAUUAUGCAGCUGCUUCCAGUUACUAUUUGCAAGCUGCAUCUCUUUUGCCAUCUAGUGGUAAUCCUCAUCACCAGCUCGCCAUUGUGGCUACUUAUUCCGGGGAUGAACUGGUGGCUGUUUACCGUUACUUCCGUAGUUUGGCUGUGGAGAGUCCCUUUUCAACUGCAAGGGAGAACUUAAUUGUUGCUUUCGAGAAGAACCGGAAAUCCUAUACUCAGUUGCACAAAGAUAUAGAAGGUUCUGCUAGUAAGGAGUCACCUAACCAGACAAAUAACAGAGGAAAAGGAACAAAAGAAACAAGACUCCAGGCUAAGGAAGUCGAUCUUGAUGGCUUCAGUGAAAGAGCACCCAGUAUUCAUGAUAUAUACAAAGCUUUUUGUACGCGAUUUGUUCGUUUAAAUGGAAUCCUUUUCACACGAACAAGCUUGGACACAUUUGGUGAAGUGCUCUCACUUGUUAGCAAUCUUCUGCGUGAACUGCUUUCGUCUGGCGCAGAGGAGCUGAAAUUCGGUUUAGAUGCUGUUGAUAAUGGACUUUUUAUUGUUAGGCUGGUCACUAUUCUCAUUUUUACACUUCAUAAUGUUAAAAGGGAGGCUGAAGGUCAGUCAUAUGCAGAUAUUUUACAGCGUACCGGUUUGCUUCAAAAUGCAGCUGUUGCUACUUUUGAGCUUAUGGGACACAUUUUUAAGAGAUGUUCAGAGUUAUCUGAUCCCUGUGCAAGUCAGCUUUUACCUGGACUCUUAAUUUUUCUGGAAUGGUUGGCUAGCUUUCCUGAUAUUGCAGCUGGUACUGACAUAGAUGACAAGCAAGUUUCUGUUAGGUCGAAAUUUUGGGAUCAUUGUGUUUGUUUAUUAAACAAGCUCCCCUUAAGUGGAUCAAUGCUUACAAGUGAUGGAGAUAAUGACAACUGCUUUUUUAACAUGAGCAAGUACGAGGAAGGGGAAACUGAUAAUCGGCUUGCUUUAUGGGAGGACUUUGAAUUACGGGGGUUCUUGCCCCUACAUUCUGCUCACCUCAUCUUGGAUUUUUCAAGGAAACAGUCCAUUGGACAUGAUAGCAAGAAGGAAAAAACUUCUCGUUUGAAAAGGAUUCUAGCGGCAGGGAAAGCCUUAACAAAUCUAGUGAAAGUUGACCAAAAACCUCUUAGCUUUAAUGUGCAGCUUAAAAGGUUCGUUAUAGGUGUUGCACCCCAGAGUUCAGAAGAUACUAGCUCAGCCCUCUAUUCAGCCGGUUCAAAAUCAGGUGCUAGCAUCAAAGAGAGUUUAAAAGCUCCCAUGACAGAUUUGGCAAUUAGCCAGUCAGAGUUUGAGUUAUAUGAUGGUGACGAGGAUGACGAAGUGAUUUUAUUUAGGCCAACAUUGAGUGAGAAGCGUCAUGAUGAAAUAUCUGAAUUGGUCCCGCCAGGGGAAGUGGUAAAUGGGAUGAAUGCUUUCUCAGAUGAAACUCAGCUUUAUAGUGCUCCUCUUUCAGCUUUUGAAGUCGGUCUGCACCAGAAUUCUGCUUUUUCUUCAGGUCCACAGGCACCAAUGCCUGUUACUGCUUUUUCUUCUGGUCGACAGUCACCUUUGCCUGUUCCUAAUUUUGUGUCUCAACAAAUGCAACCAAAUCAGACCAGUUCUAGCUCCAGGAACCAACAUGAUUUUCUUGCGAAAGACUUGGAAGGUUGGAGCUUGGUGGAAAGUGGUCGUGUGAUUGAUCUCAGGAUGCAGAAUGAUAUGAAAGUGUCUAAUGUUGCUUCGUUAUCUCUUCCCGUGCAGCAAAUUAUCAGUCCUGGUUAUACAGGUAUAUAUUCUCAGGCAGUAGGCCCGGGAACCAUUACGCAAAACCAGAUCAACCCAAUUUCAUCUUCUCGGGCACCGGAUGUGCCAAAUAAUUUUGAGUUUGUUGCAUCCUCUGGAUACAAUGGAGGCAUCAUUGCACCUAAGGUGUCUUCAGCAUUGCAAGCUAUGUCUAUGAAAGGUCCAGCCAAUCGUCCUGUAAGGCAUUUAGGCCCUCCACCCGGGUUCAACUCUGUUCGUCCAAAGCAAGGUUUUGAACCGUCUGUUGCAAUGAGUGGUGAGAAUCCAUCAGUGGAUAAUUAUAGCUGGUUGGAUGGAUAUACGCAUCCAUCAUCUAUAGGUCAUUCGAGUCUUAAACAGUCUACUGGAUAUCCAUCACAUCCAGGAUUUCUGUACAGUGAAGAGGGCAAUGCCCCUUUAGAGGGAGCUCGUUUCCCUUUUCCUGGAAAACAAGUUUCUUCUGCGCAGUUUGGAGCUGAAGAUAGAAAUGGACAGAUUCCAGAGAGUUUAAACUUGCCCAAUGAACAAAUGCAGCAGCAGCAGCAGAGUGUUCCACCACCACAGCAAUACCAAGGCAAAUCUUUCUUGAUGAAUCAUCGUAUCGUGUGAUAAAAAUCUGAGACAUCAAAUGGCCCUUGAGCAUAAUUCUGAAUUCUGGAUGUCUGGGACAAACUUUUGUUAACGAAGUCUGGAUCCAACUUGAAACCCUUCCUGUUUUCAUACAUGUAUGUUGGAGCACAUUGUUGGUGGCAUCUUGCAGGCCCUUUAAGAUUGCAAUAUACUCUUUGCGUGGAGGAAGAUUGUGAAGGUUUCAGCUGGCUCGUUACCCAUCAUUAAAUCUACUGUCUGGUUAAUCUGCGGAUGGAACAUGUCAAUUAUGCCAUUGUUAAACUUUGGUCAUUGUCUUUAAGAAGAAAGGGUGAAUAUAGUAAAAUCUAAUGACGGUUUUACUUGGUUCUGUUAUGCCCUAUCAGUGAACACAAGCAUAGUAUCUGGUGGCUAUUAGCAUCAGUUGGACGAUUUAUGUGUUGCUCGUUUGCUGCUUGCUAAAAUAAUUAUCUGCUGGAUGCAGAAUGAUAUAUAAUGUUAAGUUACUUAAGUUUUUGUAUUGAAGUCUGAGGACAUGAGUUCAAUAAAUGGAUCAUGGGAUCUAUAGCUCAGAAGCCUGGUUUUUUCUUUCUUUAUAAACUUGAUUUAGACUUC